AUGUUGAAAGUAAAGAAUAUGAAGUUCAGUAACUUGAUAUUAUUGGUCGGAGUUAUUGGAAUUUCCAAAGCACUCGAUAGGAACGAAACAUUGAUUUCCACUAGUAGUAUUGGAAAAGUUAAUGGAAAUGAAACCAGCAUGGUUGAAAUGCUACCAUCUCAGCUGGUAGACUCCACAAAUCUAUGUAUCAGCACAUUGACUUUGUCCACAUGUGCUUGUGAAUCAAAAGAACCGAAAAGUAUUGUUACACCUGGAGAAAGCCCCAAGUAUGAAGGUGACGAGUGGGACAGAUAUGCUGAAGUGCCCAAGGUAGUCUCUACCACAUUAAGUCCAGAUUAUGUACUUCGGACUAAUUUUAGUACAAGCAGACGAAGCCAUGAUGGUUCUUCGGAUAAAAAUGGAAGAAUGAGUUCUAUUAUCACGCAAUCUAGACACUUAGAAACUCUGACAAUGACCAGUAGCAUGUCAUCAGAGCAUGGAAUUCAGUCGCUGACGUUCCCAAGCAUUUAUAUUUCUUCUACUCGUGGUCAUUACUAUAAUACCCUGACUUCUGUACAUCACAAUAUCAGUUUUAACACUGGGUACCACAAUAGUAGCAUACGCACAAGCUACAACAACAUCAGCUCAACCAUUCAUAAUGUCAGUCUAAGUACAUACAUGAGUGCGUCAGAGCACACCAUUACAGACGAGACUAGUAGUACUAGCAGCGAGGAGAUAGUUACGACGGUUGCAGAGACAGAAACCCCCACGUCACAAGCACAGACAUUGAAUCACACCACAGGUAGUAGCCAUGGUUUGAACACAAACACUGCAGAAUCAGAGCACCAACCUACAGGUAGUAGCCAUGGUGUGAUAACAAACACUGCAAAAUCAGAGCAUCACACCAUAGGUAGUACCCAUGGUUUGAUCACAAACACUGAAAAGUCAGAGCAUCUUACAACCGAAGAAACUAAAUACGCAGAUAAUGAAGAAAGGACUGCGUCGCAUACCGAGACAGAGGAUUUGCUGGUGUCAAGUCUGAUACCACAUAACAUUAUGAGCUCAACUAUCAAUCACUCAUCUACCAGCACAGCUAUGACCAAACCACCGUCCGAAACUGAAGAUCAUAAAACAGCCUUAGAAAAGUCUCGGGAGAGUAGCGGAGGCUCGAUUACGACUUCCAUAGAGACAAAGGUCACAAUGGAGCCCGACCUGGAUUUAUACCACGCUCCUACUGCCAGCCAGAAGACUAUGACCAGUAAUACAAGCUACGUAAACAAGCCAACCAUUCCGCCAGAAGAUAAUUGGUCUGACUAUUGGAGCGACGAGAACUGGUCAGAGGAAUGGCCAAGCGAAUUCUGGAGCGAUGUAUUCAAGGAAACGUCUAAAACUGACAGUCAAGCCGAUUGGAAGACAUAUUCUACUGUUGAAAAGCACUCUAUUUCGCCAAGCAUCCUGACAAACACUAACACUGCAAAGAAGAGCCACAGUGAACUCAGAAGCACAUCUAGACUGCAAGGUAUCGUGCAUUCAACCCACGGUAGUGAAGGUUCAUUUAGAAUCUUACCCACAUCUCACAUACCAAAGCAAACUAGUCCCUCUACUGAAAAGGCAUCGCAUGAACACCACACAGAAGAACACCACACAGAAGAACACCACACAGAAGAACAUCACACAGAAGAACACCACACAGAAGAACAUCACACAGAAGAACAUCAAACGAGGCAAUUUCCUCCAGCAGAACCAACUUUCAGUCCUUCUGAGUCAUAUGAGCAUAUCCAUCAAACCAGCAAAAGUUCAGCCCAAACAACGGCCAGGUCAAAUGUAGAAACCCCUAUGAAUUCGACACCGGGAAGCAAUGUCAAGCCAACCACCGUCAGUUCAAAAUCAAAUACCCUAAAAAUAUCCCUUACAGAAUAUAGUUCAUAUACCACAGAAGAAGGGCCAACAAGUUUCUCAAGCAUCCCAUCAAGUACCUCCUUAACUACCUCCUUAACUACGUCACCAAGUCUGUCAACACAUUCCACUGGUAGAUAUCACAGUGGCUCAUCAUACAAUCCAAAAUCAACGUACAACUCUAAGCGCAGUAGAUUAAGCACUACCGCUUCUCUUUCGCCUGAAUUGACUUCCGUUCUUCCAGCAUCGUCCCGAACUUAUCCAAGGAAACUGUCGUAUUCGCCCGUUUUUACCUUAAAACCGGCACCUAGUCAACUGGGUCUUGGAAAUACCAGACAAGCAAAGCCAUUAACCCAACCAAAUUCAGAGGAAACCGAAACCGAAAUUGAAAAAAUAUACAUUACAUUACUGUCGUCUACAGAAACACCCAAGUCCAUGAUGAUAUCUAGUUAUCUGAAGCAAUCAAGCUCCAGUGAAAGUUCAACGGUGUCCACGAUUGAAAGUAUGUCCUCAACUCUUGCAAGGCCAUGGCAUAUCUUAAGACCAGAGGAAAAGACCGAAUCCAAUGAGCAAGAGUCCAGUGCUUCCACCUUAAGCAUCUACUACUUACUACUUGCUCCUUGUUUCACGUUUAUAGUGUUGUUAUAG